AUGACAUCUCAACACUCUAGGAGGCCCCGAGAGUCCUCUCGCCACGAGAUGAUCAUCGGUGGAUACACACGACUCGAAGAGAUAGGUCGAGGAAGUUUUGCAACAGUUUAUCAGGGUGUGCAUACAAAACAACGCUCUUUAGUCGCCAUCAAAUCUGUCAAUCUAUCGAAGUUGAACAAGAAGUUAAAAGACAACCUUUCCUCCGAAAUCGAUAUCCUCAAGGGCCUACACCAUCCUCAUAUCGUCGCACUUAUCGACUGCCAUGAGUCUACAUCACAUAUCCAUCUGGUCAUGGAGUACUGUGCUCUGGGAGACUUGUCGCUCUUUAUCAAACGUCGAGAUACGCUUGGCAAUCACCGUCAUACCCGUGACAUGAUUGCGAAGUAUCCGAACCCGCCCGGAGCUGGAUUGAAUGAAGUUGUGACACGGCAUUUCUUGAAACAGCUUGCCAGUGCACUCCGGUUUCUUCGAGAUCGAAACCUUAUUCAUCGAGAUAUCAAACCUCAGAACCUUCUCCUUUGCCCAGCCCCUACAUCUUAUCGAAAUGGCUUGGCCCAAACCGUUCCGUUAAAAGGCAGCGUGGACUCAUUUGAGCCGACAACAGGGGUGCAAUCUUUUCCGAUGCUGAAGAUUGCAGAUUUCGGCUUCGCCAGAUCAUUACCAGCUACUUCAUUAGCAGAGACUCUGUGCGGCUCUCCACUUUAUAUGGCGCCAGAGAUCCUGCGAUACGAGAAAUAUGAUGCAAAGGCUGAUCUGUGGUCUGUUGGAACUGUGUUGUACGAGAUGGUCGCUGGACGACCUCCGUUCCGAGCUACGAAUCAUGUCGAGCUCCUUCGCAGAAUAGAAAAGGGCGAGGAUCGAAUCCGGUUCCCAGAAGAUAAUCCGGCUUCAGAUGAUAUGAAAAAACUCAUUCGAGGCCUCCUGAAGCGGAACCCCGUGGAACGAUUGAACUUUCCGGAGUUUUUCGUAAACAAUGUUAUCACUGACCCGAUUCCAUGGUUGGUUGGUGAUGAUAUUCCCCCUGAGCUACGACGUCCUUCGAUGGAGGUCUCUCCCAACGAACCCGGUCCAUACCAGGCGGAUUCUCGAUCAAUCAGGAGAUCUGAUAGAGAUUCACCUUACCUGGGCCAGCAGGAGGAGCCCAUGAGUUAUCCUCCACAUAGACCACAUGCUCAUCGCCAGAAAUCAUCAGAAACGCCAACAGGUUCUUUGCCAAUGCGUCGCCAGGGAAGUGCAGAUCGGCCACCAUCAGGGCUUACUAGAGAAAAUGCACGCGGCACUCCGCCACAGCGACCAGCUCCGAUCACUCAUACAACGACCGCUCCUGGGCGCCAGGAGUUGACAGACCGGAAUGCCAUGGCAGCCGCGAUGGACCGACAGCGAAACCGAAGUACCUACUCCGGACCUUCCAAGUCAGGGACAGAUCGCUCACAGGAGGAGACUGAUCGAGCGGCCCAAGAAGUGGCGUUUGAGCGAGACUAUGUUCUUGUAGAGAAGCGCGCGGUCGAAGUUAAUGCCUUUGCUGAUGAGCUGGCCCAUAGUCCUCGAAUUCAGGGCGGCUUUUCUCGGGGACAAACAGGCUCUUCAAACCGCCGUGCUACGACACAAGGACUUCCAGCCGUAGCAUCAACUUCGCCUCACGGAAACUCCAAAGCUAUGCAAGUUGUCUCCAGCCGUGCUAGAGCUGAUUCAACGCAUCAGCGCCAGCACUCGUACGAGCGGCGAUAUGGCCAGAGUCCCACUUCAGCGACAUCUGCCAUCUCAAAGGCUCUGAAUAUGGCCAGUGGCCGUUUGUUUGGCAUGGGAUUUUCGCCUCCAAUGGCUAUCACUAAAGGGGGUCGAUCGCCACCUUUAGCAUACAACCCUUUCCCGGCUUAUCCUGCUGCGCAUGCAAGUUUGAUGCUUAUGGGAGAUGGUCCAAAAGCCAAUGCUGCUGUUGACGAAGACCAUAAGACAGUCAAAGUAAUUGAAGAAUGUGCAACUCGCAGUGACGUAGUUUUUGGAUUUGCCGAAGUAAAAUACAAGCAAUUGAUUCCGCUUGCUCCUUCUGCACAAGAGCUGCCAAGCAGGCAACCCGAAACUGCGAAUGGGGACGCCAAUGAUGGAGAUGAUGGGUUGACAAUUGAUGCGAUUGUGACUCUUUCAGAGGAAGCACUGGUUUUAUACGUGAAAGCACUAGCGCUACUUGCUAAGUCUAUGGAUAUUGCAGGAGCAUGGUGGUCACGAAAGGAUCGAGAGGAGGCGUACAGUGAUGCUUCCAGCAGGGGUGACGGUACCAGUGCGGCAGCUGGUACUCGAAUUAAUAAUGUUGUACAAUGGGUCCGCAGCCGAUUCAACGAGGUUCUGGAAAAAGCUGAAUUCGUUCGCUUGAAGCUCGUUGAAUCACAAAAGCGAUUACCCCCAGGUCACCCCAGUCAUCCAGAUAACCACUCAAUCGGCAAUACCACUGCUUCUUGGGGAUCGGCUGAUAUUGUCGUUAGCCCUGGGGUCACAGCCGAGAAACUGAUGUAUGAUCGUGCGUUGGAGAUGAGCCGAGCCGCUGCCAUCAACGAAUUGACCAGUGAAGAUCUUGCUGGAUGUGAGAUUGCCUAUGUAACUGCCAUUCGUAUGUUGGAGGCUGUUCUUGAGGAUGAUGGAUCGCAGUCUUCCUCGGGCGCUACUCAUGGCUCGGGCGACAAGGUCAUGCUGGAUGACUUCCAAGUUGAGGACCGGCAGGUGGUAGUCAAAAUGGUCGCUAGUAUGCGCACUCGUUUGAACUCUCUCCGGAAGAAGCUCAACAUGCUCUCUAGACGCUCGUCAGUACCUACCCCUGCCAUGGGCACUGGUCGAAUGCCAUCUUCGAAUUUGGUCCCCGUUUCACACGCCACCGGAGCCACACCACCUCGAUGA